UAUAAACAGAGCAGAGAUGAACCUUAACUUCAUCCUGCAUCAGUCCCCUGGAACAUCAGAUCACCAUCAUGAUUCCAGCUUUUCUCUUCCUCCUCUUCCUCUCAGUGACAAAUGUCUUACUAAGCACACCAGUUGAUGAUAAUGAUGAAUCUGAAACACCCAUGCUGCUUGACGACAUUGCCAUUCCUGAUACUUUGGCUCGGAAUGCAGACCCAUGUACCGCCCGAGGCUGCAAGUGGCCAAAGUCUGGACGCUUUGUCUUUGUUCCUUACGACAUUUCCACUCACUAUUGUAAGAAAGAGCGAAAGUUUAUUGUGAAGGUCCUCAAGAGCUUCAAACGGUCCACUUGUAUUCGCUUUGUCCCACGAAGACCAUGUGAUCGUGACUACAUCCAUUUCUUUUCAGGCGAUGGGUGUUGGUCCUACAUUGGACGUCAGAAGGGAGGACAGAAAAUCUCCCUGCAGAGAAAAGGCUGUUUGAGUCGCUCCACAAUACAACAUGAGGUACUUCACGCUCUGGGCUUCAACCAUGAACAGGUCCGCUCUGACAGAGACAAGUACGUUUGGAUUCUCUACAAGAACAUUGAGCCAGGAAUGGAGCACAACUUCCAAAAGAAGGAAACUAACAACUUGGGAACUCCAUAUGACUUCAGCUCUGUCAUGCAAUACUCCAAUCAUGCCUUCUCCAAAAAUGGCAAACCAACCAUCGUUGCCAAAUGCAACCCAAAGCUGAAGUUUGGACACGCCAAACAAAUGAGCAUCAAUGACAUCAUCCGCAUCAAAAAGCUAUAUAAGUGCUAUUGAACUCCACGGCUUGAAGAGGUCAGCUUCCAGAUACUGCAACGGACCAGAAGCCUCGCACCUAAAACUAAAUCUGAGCUAACACCAAAAUACGACCGUAAAGCUUCAGAAAAUAUGCAUCUGAGAUCAUAUUGUCCUUUCUUUAAACAAAUAAGUGGAAAUCAUGGUCUUGUGUGUUUUGGGGACAUUUUUUGGCCACCAGGUGGAUCAGGAUUGUUGCAUGUUUUUCUUUUGAGGUCAGCCACUAAGAAAUAAACAGCAAGCAUCUAUAAUCACCACAUCUAUUUUCUUGCUUUUUUGUCUUUGCUUUGGGAUUCAGGGAAUAUAGACAAUUAUAGGGGGAAAAAAAAAGACUAAAAUCAACAAAUAUAUAGGUUAAGGACAUUUAGCUUUUCUGUGAACAUUUUUUGUGCAACAUUGUAAUUAAUUUGCCUAAUAAAGACGCACAUUUCAA